UCACCACUGAGAAAGGUGUGGCAGGCGGGGCUGUCAGCCUCCAGGGGGAGCUUGCGCACGGGUCUCCCGGGUUGGCGAGCAGAGCUGUUUGGAAGUGGGUGAGGUCAGAUGCUGCCACCCCGGUUUCUGCGGCACGCCAUGCCCCUCAGCCUCUUCCGGCGCCUCCUCCUGGCCGUCCUCCUGCUGGUGAUCGUCUGGACCCUGUUCGGACCUUCGGGGCUGGGGGAGGAGCUGCUGAGCCUGUCCCUGGCGUCCCUGCUGCCCGCCCCAGCCUCGCCGGGACCGCCCCUGGCCCUGCCCCGCCUCUUGAUUUCUAACUCCCAGGCCUGUGGUGGCUCGGGACCCCCUCCCUUCCUGCUCAUCCUGGUGUCUACGGCCCCGGAGCACCUGAACCAGAGAAACGCCAUUCGGGGAUCUUGGGGCGCCAUCCGCGAGGCCCGCGGUUUCAGGGUGCAGACGCUCUUCCUCCUGGGGGAGCCCGUGGGCCAGCAGCUCGCGGACCUGGCCUCGGAGUCAGCCGCACAGGGCGAUAUCCUGCAGGCCUCCUUCCAGGAUUCCUACCGCAACCUCACCCUCAAGACCCUCAGUGGACUGAACUGGGUGGACAGGUACUGUCGGGUGGCCCGCUACGUCCUCAAGACGGAUGACGACGUGUAUGUCAACGUCCCAGAGCUGGUGUCAGAGCUGAUACACAGAGGGGGCCCUUCAGAGCAAUGGCAGACGGGCAAGGAGGCCCAGGAGGAGACAGCAGCUGUCGGUGAAGAGCACAAAGGCCAAGCAGUGCCCCUUCUGUACCUAGGCCGGGUGCACUGGCGGGUGAGCCCCACCCGGACACCAGAGUCCCGGCACCAUGUGUCAGAAGAACUGUGGCCCGAAAACUGGGGUCCUUUCCCACCCUACGCCUCGGGCACGGGCUAUGUGCUGUCCAUCUCUGCUGUGCAGCUGAUCCUGAAGGUGGCCAGCCGGGCCCCGCCUCUGCCUCUAGAGGAUGUCUUUGUGGGAGUAAGCGCAAGGCGCGGUGGCCUUGCCCCCACACACUGUGUCAAGUUGGCUGGUGCUACCCACUACCCCCUGGACAGGUGCUGCUACGGGAAGUUCCUCCUGACAUCCCACCAGGUGGAUCCCCGGAAAAUGCGGGAAGCCUGGAGGCUGGUGAGCGGACUGAAUGGGAAAAGGACUGAGCCCUUUUGCUCCUGGCUCCAGGCGUUUCUGGGCACCUUGAGGUGCCGGUUCAUAGCCUGGCUCAGUAGUUGAGAGCCUGGGGACACAAAACAGCACCUCAGGGACCUUUGCCCCAAAGUCGGUACACAGGCAGCAGCUCCCUGUGGUGAUCUAUUUCCUCAGCACUCUGAAGCUGCUACCAACCGAGGAUGGAUAGGAGACGUGGGGCCUGGCCUGCCAGCUCCAAAGACCAGGGGGGGAUAAAGCAGGGUGGGAGGGGUGUGGG